GAACUUCCAACCAUAAUAGACAUUAAAAGAGCAAUUCCUAGUCACUGCUUUCAGUCCAAUGUUAUCACCUCAAUGUACCAUGCGAUGAAGGACGUCGUAUUCGUCAUAGGACUUUACAUUUUGGGAGAGCUUCUGUUGACGUAUCUUCCUUUCUGGGCAGUUCUAGUCACAGCACCAGUGUUUUGGUUUGCUCAGGGAACAAUGUUUACAGCACUAUUCGUGAUUGGUCAUGAUUGCGGACAUGGUUCGUUCUCGAAAUACGAUCUGUUGAACGACACUGUGGGUACUGUUAUGCAUUCGUUUCUGAUGACGCCCUACUACGGAUGGAAGGUGUCCCAUAAGAACCACCACAAAAACACUGGAAACAUUGACAAAGAUGAGGUUUUCUACCCAGUAAGGAAAAGUUUGAAAACUCCCGGCAGAGCACUUCCAGGCUUUGGACUUGGAUUGGGCUAUUUUGGAUAUCUUGUUUUCGGCUAUAACCCACGACCAGUUAGACAUUUCAAUCCUUUCGAGAAAAUCUUUUCCAAACAUGUCCUCGGAUGCAUCCUAUCUCUAGUGACCCUUACGGUUUGGAGUUCCUACGUGUACCAGUAUUACAUGAUCUUUGGGUUCUUCCGAUUAUUCUACCAUUAUAUUGUGCCUUUAUUCAUCUUUGCUACCAACACUGUUCUUAUAACAUUUCUGCACCACACCGAAGAGGAAAUUCCUUGGUACUCCGAUAGCAAGUGGGACAACGUUCGUGGACAGUUAAGCUCCGUUGAUCGUCACUAUGGAAUCGUCCACGAUAUUUUGCACAACAUCACCACCCAUCAGAUACAUCACUUAUUCCCAAAGGUUCCUCAUUACCAUCUUGAAGAAGCAACUAGUCAUUUUAGAGCAGCAUUUCCAGAACUAGUCAAUAUCCGCACGGAUCGAACAUUUCCAGCGUUCUACCGAAUGUUCAAGAAAUACGUCAAACAGUGUGUCAUUCCGGACAAUACUCAUGUA